AUCGCCACUUUUCAGCCUGGACACAUGAGCCACACAAGUGGCCAGCAGCAGCAGCCUGAAGAUGAGCUGCAGACCAAGAACACCAGCGAUGGCGUUAGCUGCUUCUGCUCGCUGCUGCCCUCCUCUACUGAGCUCAUCAGCAUCAGCAUCGAUCUCAUUUCCGUCUUCUGCAAGAGCACCGGCGCUUCAGAGAACAAGAGGAGGGCCAGGACCAAGGAGGAGGCUGCAGCGAUGCUUGUGCUCGCAGCAGUUCGCCGAGAGGCAGACGUCCGGCGCACAGCAGCAGCAGCAACAGCAGCUGGAGCGCCUCUUCUCCAACCUCAACCAGGCAACCAUGAAGCAUGAACCUGGGAGUGUCACCAGUGCGAUCUUCCUUGUGGCCGGCACAACGGUAGGGGCAGGUAUCCUUGCAAUCCCUGCAGUCACACAAGAAGCUGGAUUCUUGGCCUCAGCAGUUACAUGCAUCUUCUGCUGGAUUUAUAUGGUUGUAACAGGAUUGUUAGUUGCUGAAGUAAAUGUCAAUACUAUGUGUGAACUAGGAUCUGGAGGUGUCUCCCUGGUUUCAAUGGCUAUGCGCACUCUAGGGACAUCCGGAGUAAGAACAGCUUGUGUUUCGUAUUUGUUUAUCCAUUAUGCACUUCUUGUUGCAUAUGUGGCACGCUCUUCAGAAAUCAUAACAAACUCAUUGGGCAUUCCAUUAUGGGAGAGUGCUACCCUAUUUUCACUGGUUUUUGGUGGGCUAUGCUACUUUGGAAGCCAGCGAGUCAUUGGUGCGGUUAAUGGUUUUUUGGUGUUCAGCAUCCUAGCAUCCUUCACAGCUCUUGUUGUGGUAGCAAGUGGGAACUUACAGUGGAGUUCUCUUCUUGAAGCAAAUUUUGCUGCAGCCCCACAAAGUAUACCAAUAAUUGCACUUUCAUUUGUAUACCAGAAUGUAGUUCCUGUUCUCUGUACAAAUUUGGAGGGAGACCUAUCAAAAGUAAGGAAGGCCAUUGUAGUAGGUACCGCCAUACCCCUUGCUCUGUUUCUCACAUGGGAUGCAGUACUCCUGGGGACAAUUCCAGGCCUUGCAGGGGACGGCACUAUUAUUGAUCCAUUAGAACAACUUAGAUCAAGUAAUGGAACAGUGGGGCCUAUCGUUGAGGCAUUCUCAUUUCUUGCAAUUGGCACAUCAUACAUUGGAUUUGUUCUAGGACUCUCAGACUUCAUAGCAGACUUGCUUAAACUACCAAGUGGACAGAACAAACCUCUGCCAUACGUUGUAACUUUGGUGCCUCCGCUUGUUCUGUCCUUACUUGAUCCAGAGAUAUUUUUCAAGGCACUGGACUUCGCAGGAACUUAUGGAGUUCUAGUACUUUUUGGAGUUUUUCCUGCAGCUAUGUCUUGGUCGGAGAGGUACUCAGAUGACCUGGAAGCUCCAGUACCCCCAAUAGUCCCAGGAGGAAAGUUUACCCUCGCAUUUGUCAUGGGGGGUGCAUUGCUCGUAAUAUUUUCAGAGAUUUUCAAGGACAUAAUGCAGUUACAAGGACUACACUGACACUUAGAGCUCCAAAAACCGAUGCUUCAGCAGAUUUUUUUCUUCCUUUUGCAAGACCGCUAAUAGCCUCCUAAUAUUGUACAUAAAAUUAACUGAGCCAGCUUUUUUUUAAUUAAUUCUUGCACAGGUUCAUCAAGCUAUU